AUGUCAUCCGACUACGGAUCAGACAUUGACUCCGACGUCGCAGACGUCGUCGAUGAGAUUGUCUCGUCGCAGCAAGCUCCCCCUUCCUCCGCCCAAGUCCCACGAACUGCGCUAAAGCCACUCAAUACCAAUGCCUCCCUCACACCACCGUCAUCCAAUGAUAAAUCCGAUGGAAUUACUCUUCAGCAAUGGCACCAAGCUGCCUCAACGCCCCCGCCCUCAGCCUCAUCAUCGGAUGCCGAACCGUAUCGUCUGACGUUUGGCAAACAUGAGGGCAAGACGCUUGCGGAGAUACCGGACUCUUAUGUGAGGUGGUUGAUUAGGAAUCCGAUUUCGAGUAGGCCGAUGGAAUUGAUAUAUGCGUUGGAAGAGUGGCAGGAGGAGAAGAAGAAUGGGAGGAAGGCGGCAUCGCAAGCGUCCCAGGUGUCGAUGUCGUCGCAAUCGCAAGCCACAUCUUCGAAGAUGCCACUUUCUCCACCGCCGUCUCAAGCCUACCAGGCACCUCCUCCGUCGUCACAACCUGCGGUGACAAGCACACAUGUCUCGAAAUACACUUCUCCUCCUUCGCCUUCUCGCUCGCCGUCACCACCGCCUAGCACACAACAGUCAUAUCCUCCCUCGUCGCAAGCCAUGCUACCACAGUUCGCGCCGUCGCAAACGUAUCCUCCUUCCUCGUCACAGCCUACGGCGCCUCAAGAACCGACUGGUGCACCCCUAUACGUCCUUCCAUUCGGCGAAUACAAAGGCAAGACUCUGCUCGAGGUACCAGAGGACUACCUCUAUUAUCUUGGUGCGAGCGAAGACAAGUUGGCUACUUUGCCUGGUUUGGCUGACGCGCUCGGCAUGAUGCAGAAGGGUCUACCACCAGUCGUUACGGAACCCAUGGCGCCGAGUCAGGCUUCAUCGCAGACUUUACCACCGCCAUCAUCUGAACCGCCUGCAUCUAGCCAGAUUUCCAUGGCAAGUCAGUCGCAGCAGGCUCAGCCGCCACCUUCUACUGCGCCUAGCCAUUAUUCCCUUUGCAAGGACAACAAGCCGAACAGUUCGCAACCUCCCGCACCGCAGCUCUCUGCCUCGCAACCUACCCCGCAGCCUCCCUCGUCUCAACCUCCACCCCGCAAACAACCAUACCGUUUCGACUUCGGCAAGCACGAAGGCAAAACCAUCGCCGAAGUCCCUCCCGAUUACAUGGCCUUCCUGAAGAGCAAGGGUUUCACUGAAACAAACGAGACACUGGCUGCAGGCGUCGCAGAGUACGAACGCCACCACCCACCCAUCGGGACGCCGCGCAAGGGCGAAUACAAGUUCACAUUUGGCAAGCAUGUGGGGAAAACACUGGCGGAAGUGCCCUCUCAGUACAUCUGGUGGCUCAAAACCCAAACGAGUAUUCCCAAGGACAAACCUGAAUUGGGGGCCGCUAUUCGACAGCUUGAGCGGACUCAGAAGCGUACUCAGACUAAGACGCAGAAUCGGAGUCGGCGGAGGGCUUGGUCACCGAUGUGCCCAUGUUGUGAUUGA